AUGACCUCAAAAACGACCUUCGCCCUCGUAGGCGGAGGAUUCAUCGCCCCCCUCCACGCCAAAUACAUCCAAUCUUCACCAGAAUGCGAGCUUGUCGCCAUCGUCGACCCGUUCCCUACAGGUCAGAAGCUCGCUAAGUCAUUGGCCGUGGCCCACUACGCGAGCGUGUCCGACCUUGUGGUCGCCCAGCAAAGUCCGGACGUCUACAUCAUCUGCGUCCCUUCGGGUCUACACGUCAAACUCGCAACGGAGGUUCUCAUCACUGGCAACACUCGUGGCACCACCAACUCGACGCCACGGGUCAUACUGGUUGAGAAACCUUUCUGCACCGAAUCCGCUUCAGGCGAUGCCUUGAUCAAGCUGGCCAAAGAAAAGGGCUGCGCUCUCGCCGUGGGUCAUCAUCGACGCUUCCACCCCGCCGUCUCGGCCGCGAAAGAGGCCAUCGUGGGCGGGAAAUUGGGUAAAGUCACGGCCGUGUCGGGGGCGUGGACGUGCAGGAAGAACGACGGGUACUUUUUGGCGGCGCAGUGGCGCGUGUCGCGCUCCCAGGGCGGCGGACCGGUGUGGACGAACUUCAUCCACGACGUGGACGUGCUGCAGUACCUGGUCGGGGCGCGGGUCGUUCGGGUCUGGGCGACCGGGUCGGUGGCGCGACGACACCACGAAGCGGCGAGGCCCAGGGACGAGGUCGAGGAGGGCGCGGCGCUCCUGAUGCUGUUCGCCAACGGUGUCGUGGGCACUUUUGUCAUGAACGACAACGUCGCGAGCCCUUACGGCUGGGAGGCGGCCACGGGGGACAUGCCUGCUUUCCCCAAGGCCGACGUCCCGAUCGAUUGCUAUCGGAUCUUUGGGACAGGGGGUACGAUCUCGGUGCCGGACGACGUGCUGUGGACGUACGACGUCGCCGGUGAAGCGGCCGAGGAGAGAAACAACGACGUCGAGGUCGGAUGGGGAAUUUCCAUGACGAGAAAAGUGUUGACGGUCGGGGACAAGCACCCCUUUCAGUCCCAGAUCGAACACCUGGUCAAGGUCGUCGACCGCGAGGAAGAGCCCAGGUGUUCCGGGGAAGAUGGGUUGAGUGCCGUCAAGGUCUGUGAGGCCGUCAUUGAGGCUUUGUCCAAAGGUGAUGGAUAUCCGAUUGAUAUUUGUUGA